AUGUUAAACGUCCUCCACAGGUUAAGAAUCACAAUCCUGACACUGAUCGGCUCGACCUACAGCCUGGAACUUCAAAGCCUGAAAACAAAUCCGGGAAUAGCACCGAUCAAACUGGGCACAGCAGUGAUGAGGAUUAAUUCAUGGACUAUUUUUAAGACAUUAGACUUAGAAUUACUUAUAAAUGAAGUAGAUGUUAACUUUCAACAGUAUAGUAAAUUAAACAUAACUAUUUCAAGCAACAUAGAAUAUAAAAAUCAAUUAGGUAAUUCGUGUAAACAAAUAGAAUCAUUUGAAUCUAAAAUAAGACAUAGGAUUAAUCAGAUUUUACCUUUUUCUAGAUCUAAACGAGCAUUAUUUAGUCCUUUAGGUUCAGUAAUUAAGUCAAUUUCAGGAAAUCUAGAUGAAACAGACGCAAUACGCUAUGACCUCGAGAUAAGGCAACUUAAAAAUGCAGAACAUUCAGUAGAACGUAAAGUAUCUUUGAUGGUGAAUAGCCUAGAUAAAUUUGCCAAUCUUGCAGAAAUUACAAAUUCAAACAUUAAUAUAUUAAGUAAUAAAACUAUUGAAUUAGAGUCAGUGUUAGAAAGAGAAUCCAAAAGAGAUAUCACCUUGUCACUUAUGAAUAACCUGUUUCAAAUAUCCAACAACUUUCACAUUAUAUACGAUUUUAUUCAAGAAACAGAGACAGCAAUAGCUUUCAGCAAAUUACAUGUCCUACAUCAGUCUAUAAUAAAUUCUACAGAACUUAUUCACAUCCUUUCAGAAAUAACGAAACAUGCUCACUUAAUUUACCCAGUAGAUAGAAUAAACUUAAUUAAAAUAGAACUUAACAUUAUUCUUAAAUCCUAUAUAGUUAGUAAUAAAUUAGUUUUUGUAUUAGAAGUUCCAUUGAUAGAACCAAGUACGUAUAAUUAUUACAAGGUAAUCCCUAUCCCUAUUCAUAAUCAUAAAACCCUAAAAACGACCACAAUUAUCCCCAAACACCCCUACCUAGUGGUGAACAGGUUGAAAUACAGGCCCGUAGCAAACGCAUGUGAAGAGAUCGAGGACAACAAGUUCCUGUGUUCGAGUGAUGACCUCGUACCCUACGCCACUGAGACCUGCAUAGAACAAAUUAUGAUGCUAAAGGAGAACUACACGAAAUGCCACCAGAACGUCAUACAAAUAGAAAAGGAAAAAAUCCAAAGGAUCACCGAAAACUACUGGCUGAUAUAUACCGAAAAUAACCUAAUAGUUACAGAAUACUGCAACGAAGAAGUUAACAAACAUACCAUACAAGGAACCUUCUUUCUACAACCGAAGAAACAAUGCAGAACAGAAGUAGGAGACAUAUUCAUUCCAACACCCACAAACACCUCAAUGAACGACCUGCAAACGCCGUUCGUACCAUUACCAGAAUUACGACAGCCCAUUAGAGAAGAAGAAAGACGACUAGACCUACAAAAUGUGGACUUCAGCGACAUCAGGGACGUCAUCAACAGUGCCAAUCACACAUCAGUCAUCAGUCAGUCAGAUCAACACGCCAGUCAGCGUGAGCGAAAGCAACACGGACGACUUCAUUUACGUGGUGAAAAAUAUUAGUGUCUGGACCAUUUUACUAUAUGUUGUCAUUCUUUUAAUCAUUGUUUUUACUUUAUAUAAAUUUAAACCUUAUACAAAGUGUAUAGGACGAAAUUCUCUGAACCCAACUGUGUCGUCUUCAGAUAAUUUCUCUCUUGAGGAGAGAGGAGUUA